CAGCAGAGAAGGAAGAGGGGGCGGAGCACAGUGUGUGCGCAGGAGAGGAGUCGAGCAGAGAGAGCUGCUUUUUCACAAAACGGGAGUAAAGUAGUGAACUUAGAGGAGAGAAACAAACUAAAGUAUCGAUCAUAAACCACUACCAACGUCCUGAUCGAUAUCUGCAUCGAUCUGCCCACCCUUGUCUCCUGGAUCGUAGCUGAGAUCAGCGUGAACCACGUGGGUCUCUGCUCCCUGAUCUGUUUCCUGUGUUUGGAAAGAGUUGCAGCUUCAUCGCGGAGUUUCUCUCGGUUUGUGGGCUCAUCUAAAGGGAUAAAAUACAUAUCUAUACUUUUGUGUCCCAGCUGAGUAACAGGAGGAGAAGAGUCUGGUGGAGCAGCAGAGGAACAGUUUCAGCCAUUUGGACUCAGCUCAGCCACUACAGAGGAAACAAUGACUUCAACGCAGGAGGACCAACAUGGAGCGAGAAGUCAGCGCUCUCAGGAGGCCGACAAACCUCACCGAAGAACUGGAGAGAAAAUAUACAGCUGUGAAGAGUGUGGGAAGGAUUUUACCCAGUCUGGGAGCUUAAAAACACACCAACUCAUCCACAGUGGAGUUAAACCGUACAGGUGUGACUUGUGUGGAAAAUGUUUUACCCAGAAAGGACACUUAAAAGCACACCAACUCAUCCACAGCGGAGUUAAACCAUAUAGCUGUGAGUUGUGUGAAAAAUCUUUUAACCAGCCUGGAAGCCUAAAAAGACACCAACUCAUGCACCGUGGAGUUAAAGCAUACAACUGUGAGUUGUGUGGAAAAUAUUUUAGUCAGAAAGGAUAUCUAAAAACACACAAACUAAUUCACAGUGGAGUUAAAGCGUACAACUGUGAAUUGUGUGGAAAGUCUUUUACCUAUCCUAGAAGCUUAAAAACACACAAACUAAUUCACAGUGGAAUUAAACCAUACAGCUGUGAGUUGUGUGGAAAGUCUUUUACCCAAGCUGAAAGCUUAAAAACACACAAACUCAUCCACAGUGGAAUUAAAGCAUACAGCUGUGAGUUGUGUGGAAAGUCUUUUACCCAAGCUGGAAGCUUAAAAACACACCGAAUCAUCCACAGUGCAGUUAAAGCACACAGAUGUGACUCGUGUGGAAAGUCUUUUACCCAUUCUCAAAGCUUAAAAACACACAAACUCAUCCACAGUGGAGUUAAAGCAUACAGCUGUGAGUUGUGUGGAAAGUCUUUUACGUAUCCUAGAAGCUUAAAAACACACAAAAACAUCCACAGUGGAGUUAAACCAUACAGCUGUAAUCAGUGUGGUAAAACUUUUGCUCAAAGUAGCAACUUACAAUGUCAUCUAGUUACCCACUCUGGAAUUAAGGCGUACAGCUGUGACAUUUGUGGGAAAACUUUCAGCACGCCAGGGAACCGCAAUGUUCACUUACGGAUUCAUACCGGACAGGAUGUUUUCUGCUGUGAUCAGUGUGGGAAACUGUUUACAACAGCCACACACUUACAAAGCCACAUGCUUACCCACACUGAGGAGAGACCAUAUAAAUGUGACCUGUGCAAUAAGGCUUUUAAAUCUCCACGUCACCUGAAACUCCACCAAGAGAUCCACACCAGAAAGAAACUCUACAAGUGCAGUUACUGUGAGGACCAACAUGGAGCGAGAAGUCAGCGCUCUCAGGAGGCCGACAAACCUCACAGAAGAAAGGGAGAGAAAACAUACAGCUGUGAUGAGUGUGGGAAGAAUUUUAGUGGGGCUGGACACUUAAAAGCACACAAACUCAUCCACAGUGGAAUUAAAGCAUACAGCUGUGAGCUGUGUGGAAAGUCUUUUACUCAGGCUGGAAGUUUAAAAACACACAAACUCAUCCACAGUGGAAUUAAAGCAUACAGCUGUGAGCUGUGUGGAAAGUCUUUUACCCAACCUCAAGGCUUAAAAUCACAUCAGCUCAGCCACAGUGGAAUUAAAGCACACAGCUGUGAGCUGUGUGGAAAGUCUUUUAAGACGGUUGGACACUUAUAUAGACACCAACGCAUCCACAGUGGCUUUAAACCAUACAGCUGUGAUCAGUGUGGCAAAACUUUUUCUUGCAGUGAAAACUUACAACUUCAUCAAGUUGUCCACACUGGAAUUAAGCCGUACAGCUGCGACAUUUGUGGAAAAACCUUCCGCUGGCUACUCAGCCGAAAUAAUCACGUACGCAUUCACACCAAAAAUGAUGUUUACUGCUGUGAUCAGUGUGGCAAAGUGUUUGUGGUAUACAAAGAAUUAAAGCAGCACAUGUUUACCCACACUGAGGAGAGACCUUAUAAAUGUGACCUCUGUGAUAAGGCUUUUAAAGAUCCACGUUCCCUGAAAUCACACCAACAGAUCCACACCAGAAAAAUACUCUACAAGUGCAGUUACUGUGAGAAGCAGAGCGACACAGAUGGAUCCAGUUCUCAACCCUGCUGUCACUGUGGUGGUGAGAAAGCAUUUCACUGUGACCUUUGUGGAAAAACUUUCAGUCAGCAGUGGUGCCUAACAUUACAUCAACGUAGACACACUGGAAACAAAAUGAACUACUGCAAAGAAUGUGGUAGAGGCUUCCCCACACCAAGUACAUUAAAAAUACAUGAGCUUAUUCACAGUGGGGUUAAAAAGCACGUCUGUGAUCAGUGCGGGUCAUCCUUCACCACUGCAGGUCACCUUAAACAGCAUAAACGCGUGCACACAGGAGAGAAACCAUACAAGUGCAGACACUGUGACAGAAGCUUCUCACAAUCAAGUAAUCGUAACCUUCAUGAACGUAGACACAUGGAAGAGAACAUCAGCUGUGACCAGUGUGACAAGAGCUUCAGGAGUCUCAGUUCAUACUCCGAACACAAACAAUCCCACACUGUCCCCACAGUUUUACAGUUACCAAUGUGCCAAAACAUUCACUUCAUUAUUUGCUCUGUGCAAACAUCAACAUCAAGCGGACCUGAAGUCACUGGAUCACAAUGAAUCUGAAGAGACAGAAAGAUCCUCUUCUGGUUUCAGGAUCAGACUUUAAAAACCUUGAGAUCAGGCUCCACAGAGUUCAGGUGGAGUCUCCUGUAAAGAGUGCAGCUGAUGUCACACUUGGAUCUGAUGAGGUAGCUCUGAUUUCUGGAUUUACAGUGAAUAAUCCUGAAUGGUACAUUCAGGAAGAUAGAAGUAUAGAUAUCUACAUCUAAUUCUUGUUUUUCUUUGGUUACCUUUGAUAUUCCAUUUCAAAAUGAAUGUGUUUUUUCAUGUAUUUAGUUUUACUAUAGUUUAUUUCCUGUCCUGUUGAUCCACAUGUUCUGUAGCUGUUUUCUGUUUGUCGUUUGUGUUGUGAAAUCCUGAUACUACUAAAGAUUUGGUUAUAUUUGAUUAACUCUAACGUUUGUUUUAUUAAACACUUAUUAAAUAGUUUGGUGUAAAAAAAUAAAAUAAAGAAAUUGUCUCACAACAAGUAUUUUGAGCCAUGAUUUCAGGUUCAGAUUAACUGUUUUUAAUGGCACAUGUGGAGUGCCAUCAGGGGACACUUGGUUGUUCUCCACUCACACUGAACAGGGUUCCUGCAACUCAGUAAAAAAUUAUCUUCAAUGAAAAUAAAUUCGUAAUUUUCACCCCAGAACUUUGCUGUGGAUAGUUAGUUUGCAGAGGGUGUGUUUAAGAUACUGAAAGGAUAAGUUUACCCUUCCAAACUGUAAACAAACGGUGUGCUUAUUAAUAACUGAAGUUAGAUUACAGGAGGGUAAAUUGAGUUUAAGAGUUUUCAGUGUCAUUAAGAUGGCUCUCCUUUUACCUGACUUAUAUCCCCAUGAAAGCUUUCCAUGUAGGGGAUGUUGACUGAGGUAAUGCAGUCGGACAAGGGAGGAUCCAGACAGAUACAUGACCUCAACCUCUUUAAAGCUUGGCGAGAGGUUCUAGUGAGCCUGGUUAAGGGAACAGAUGAGUUGGGGCCGGAGGUGCCAAGUUCUACCAUUCCCACCUCCCUCCUUUUUGAUAACCAACUCACACAGGACCAGAGGACGAAUUGCAACAGUGUUUUGCAGAUGUGUUCUCCCCCCUGCCUAACUGUAUGACUCAUCAUCGAGCACCAUGCAGUCUGGCGUGAUGGUGCAUUCACAGCCCUAUGUGAUGCCUGAACAUAAAAGGCAAUUGUUCAGAGAGAAUUUUCCAAAAUGCUGAAAAUGGGAGUAAUAGAAGAAUCGCAACCCCAUAGUUGUAGUUGUAGCCUCAGUUGGGCGGCGGGGUGUGUGUGGCAGAGGUGUGGUCUGGCCUGCUGCAUUGGUUAGUUAGUUAGUUAGUUAGUUUUGACCUGGACCUCACGGUUCUUUCUGGAGCAUAAAGAAAUAGGAGUUCAGACAGGUAAGAAUGGGCUUGGCAUUUAAGGGAUUAAAAAAAAAAGUACAAUUUUAAAUUGGAUCCUGUAAGUAAAAGGAAGCAAGAGGGGCCAAAACUGGCCUAAUAUGCUUUUUCCAUUUUGUGCCAGUUAGCAGAUGAGCAGCUGCAUUUUGGACCAACUGAAGAUGAUAAAGAGAGCAAUGGUUCGAACCAAACUACAGUGAGCUGCAGUAGUCGAGUCUGCAAAUAAUUGCUGUAUGAAUAACACGUUCAAAGACAUUACAGUUUUUCUGAAUUGCUAAAACACUAACUCCCAUUGCAAAAACUAAACUGUCAACUAAGAAAACUCUUUCAUCAAAUCAAUCCCACAGUUGCCAAAAUCUUAAACACUAUUCAUCUGGCUAAGACACCAUUUGCAAAUCUGAAUCUCCAAUUUACCAAAACUCUAAACACAUUCUCAAACACAAAACACAUUUAGAAAUGUGGUGCACUUGUACCCAGAAUGGUGCACACAGGCUACUAACACACUUUCUUCAUCAUUAACACACUACCACUCAAAAUUGAAAAGACAUGUUGAAACCUCUUCUUCUGCUUUUGCUAGACUGAAUCCACAGGGAUGUAUUCAUGAGGUCUAACCAUUGAGUCAAGCUCAAAGAUUCUCUGUACACAACAAACUAAUUUUAAUUCUGUAAAUGAAAUAGAAUCAUGUAUAAAUGUGCUAUGUAUACAAGUAUACUUAUAACUAAAUCUAAUAUAAAUAAAUGGGGGCGAUCGCUGCUCAAGAGUUGGGAGUUUACCUUGUAAUCGGAAGGUUGCUGGUUCGAGCCCCGGCUCGGACAGUCUCGGUCGUUGCGAUGGAGUUCUCCACAGUCAUCUUACUGUUGGGCCACACAACAACGAACCUCUAGCAACAUUCCGUUGUGUUUUGUGUGCUUUUGCAGCAUUUUUCUUUUUGCAGCAUUUUUCUUUUUGCAGGCGUUUUUCUUUUUGCAGGCGUUUUUCUUUUUGCAGGCGUUUUUCUUUUUGCAGGUAUUUUUUCUUUUUGCAAGUGUUUUCUGAAGUUGCAGUCCAUUUGGCCUCUCAGCGCCACCGUAUAUGUCUGGAGGCUCACAUCCGCCAAGGACUGGGUACAAGACUUGGCUAUUUUAAAGCCUCCACGUUGUCAAUUCUCCAUCAUUAUAACAAAGGUAAGUCAGCUUGAGUACUGCAAGUAAAAUGCCUUUGAUUUUGCCCGGAACAUUCAGAUUAGUGCAAACAUAAAUUCAUUCAUGAGGGGGAAAUUACAGUGAGAACAUUUGGAGGCUCUGUUAGAUGGAUAAAAUAGUGAGUUCAGUGCAUUGAUGUGACAUUGGCCUAAAGGAUUUAGUCAUUCUUUGUGGUUAAAGAAAUUGCACUAAUUAAUUUAUAUGUAUUAUGAAUAAUCCUAAUUAUACAUCUUGCUUCCGUGUUUAUGUCCUGCGUAACUUAAAAUACAUUCUAUUUUGGUUUUAUACAUUGAUUAAUGACCUGCAGAAUCUCUUUAUCAUGUUAAGUGAUUUAUAAUUCUCACUUAAAGUCGAUAUUCUUCCUCUUGAAAGUGAUUACAUCCUUGCAUUACAUACUUUAGUUUCAUUUUUUGCAGUUGGGUUUCUGAAAAAAACAAACAGGCAGACUUAGAAUAUAACAUGCAGCGUUCUAUAGAUAGAGACAUAAAAAGUUUUUUUUUAUUACAUGCAUGUGCUAACUUUCUAAACACUUUGUUACAUUUGUUAUAAAUGGAUUUGAAAGUAGAUAAAAAUUGUGUCAGCCUUGGCUCAUUAAAUUUCUUGUCUUUAAAUUAACUUUGUCUGUGUGUUUCAGGUACUGCACUCUCAAAGACUGA